AUGAUGUUGUUCUAUUCUACAGUUGUUGUGCCCACCAUCAUCAUUGCUGCAAACGAGCAAUGUCUACUCCAAGAUUCAUCGAAGCAUUCACAGGGGAGGCAGAACCGUGGACUGCCACAGAACUUUGGUCCUACCAAGGUGUCCGCUUCGAAUAGUUUUCUGAGCUCGUGGCAGAAGAUUGAUUAUAUGCAGCCUAUGAAACAAGAAGAUCAAGAAUCUGAGGGCAUCAUGAUGACAGCGCAACGCUCCCGUGACCCAACCAUCACCAUUCGUUCGCAUCCAACACAAAGCGACCUUGUGCAACGCUUUGCUUCGAUCUUUACUCCGCUUUCCAUGUCUACAAGUGUUGUAGCGUGUGAUGCAGAGGAGCAACAAUCUUUCGAGGCGACACCUUGGGGUCGAUGGGGGUUCAAUUAG